AAUCACACUAGUUAUGUAGUCGACCUUGACUUCAUAUAUAUUAUACCAGUAACUUCACACAUCUGUUGCGCGGAGGUUGUGUCAUAAUAACAUGGAUUUUAGUGGAAAAGUUGUUAUUGUCACCGGCGGUAGUUCUGGUAUAGGAGCGGCGACAGCUAAACUAUUCGCGAGUGCCGGCGCCCUACUUACUAUAGUAGGACGAAACGAACAAAGACUCCUAGAAGUAGCUGGAAAAUGCAAGGAAUUUCAAGGAAACCAACCCCUCUGCAUACUCUUAGACCUAACGCUUGACGGAUCUUGCGAAGAAGUCAUACGAAAAACCGUUGAAACACACGGCAAAAUAGAUGUUUUAGUAAACUCAGCCGGACAGAUCCUGUGCACGUCAAUAUUUGACAAUACAAUGGAAAAUUUCGACGAACUGAUCGCUAUAAAGCUACGCGUGCCUUAUAAAAUAACGCAAUUAUGCGUCCCACAUCUGAAGAAGACCAGAGGAAACGUUGUGAACGUCAUCGCGGCUCCCAUGAGAGUUUUACCAGGCUUUCUUACCAGUUCAAUGAUAAGAGAUGCAAUGGAGCGGUUCACGAAAGCAGCAGGUUUAGAACUAGCGACUGAGGGUAUCAGGAUGAAUGCUGUGAGACCUGGGAUUACCAGAACGAAUAUGUUAGCAGAUCUUAAUAUACAUAAUAUAAACGAGACUUACGAUAAAAUAGCUCAGAUGUUGCCAAGUAAGGUUAUUAUAGAGCCUGAGGAAAUAGCUAGGAUGAUUCUGUUUGUCGCUAGCGAUACUUGUCCGAAUUUGAACGCUGCUAACUUGAUACUUGAUGGUGCUGCUUCGGUAUUUUAAUUCCAAGUAGCAUAGACAGAGCCACAAAAAUCAGAAGUGGACUUGCAGCCACUUUUGAUUGUCCUAAAGGUGAUACGAAGACAAGGCAAAAAUAAGUGAUAAUUUUAUGAACUGUGCUAAAAGUUAUGAAGUUAGAAAAGUGAUAAUAGUUUAAAAUGUGUUAAAAGUGGAAGCGUAGAUAUAAAGAUGUUACAUUCCGGAAUAUACAGUAUAAUACAGUGCAGGUGACGGGUAGAUUAAGUAACUUGAUGGAUUUAGGCUGAUAAAAUUAAUCGAUGCAAUGUAACUGAAAAAUGCAACGCUUAAUGAUCUUUUCUCCUGUACGUUGUUUUCUUUUGACGUGCGUUUUGAGACCAAUGUUCGACCUCAUUACUCAACAGUUACAUUAAUCAGGGUUACUAUAAAGACCCCUGACAUUAAUCAAGUAACGAGUAUUGUCACGAGCAUCAUGCAUACAUUUUGGUACCAUGUCAAAUGAAUUUUUUUGACAAAUUGCACUGUAAGUCUCACUAAAUGCCAAAUAUGUUAGUGCGACAGAGACCUAAAGGGUACAUUGCUCAUAACUGUACAUACUUACUUACUUACUUAAGUAAAUAAUUGUCACCGGGACCGACUGCUCAACAUGCCCACGCUUUAUGAUGAUAAGAAUACACAUAUUAAAAUAGUGUAAAUCGAAAUAAGAACUUGUUCAAAAACGUUUAACCAUGUAGCCUGAGCUAAGAGGUUGAAAUAUAAUAAUCUAAGGGGAGCUACACACAUACGUGGACCGGGAUUAAUCGGCAAAGUCGGGCGGCCAAAUCGGGCAUUAUGUACACGCGUAAUAAUAAGGCCAUUAUGAUUUCACUGGGUCAAACAUAAAUUAUAAAAUGCUAAUUUAGGAAUAGAAGCUAACCUAAAGUGAUCAAAAACCAAUCCUAUUUAUUCAUAUUAAUCAAUAUAAUAUAUUUGCAGAACAAGUAGCCGAGACAUGCAGGAUAAUUGAAAACUAUUUACCUUUAUUUUUCAUAUUAAUUAACCAUGCAUAGGUAUAAUACAUCAUUUUGAUUCUCUCAAUGCAACUGGUGCACAGGGAAAAAAAAUAUUUUCCUAGAACAAACCUCCAUUCCAUUGUCAUGUUUUUUCCUGUAUGAUGAUUUAUUCAUAUUGCCUUAAUUUCAAAUUUUAAUAAUGAAUUAAGUAACAAUGACCAAGAUAGUUGACCGCUCUUAUUAAUGGCGUCACUGGGACAGUAUUUUCUUACAAACUCAAUACAAAAUUCUACUCGUUUUGACUUUUCGUAAAAAGUAUCUUGAUUCACUUAGUAGUAAAGCGUUAGGCUGACGAUCCGGAGGUCCCGGGUUCGAAUCCCGGUGGGGUCAUAUCACAAAAAUCACUUUGUGAUCUCUAGUUUGGUUAGGAGAUUACAAGCUGAUCACCUGAUUGUCCAAAAAGUAAAAUGAUCCGUACUUCGGAAGGCACGUUAAGCCGUAGGUCCUGGUUACUAUUUACUUAUGUAAGUGAGUGAUCGUUAAAGAGCCAUGUCAGGGGCCUUUGAUGGCUCAAUAAUAACCCUGCUAUCAGGGUUGAUGAGGUUGAUAAUUCAUCUCACAACGCACAUGAUAGAAGAAGAAGAAAAUAGUAAAAUAAAUAGCCUAUAGCUUUCGGUCACCCUAGCCGGUCAACAGGACUGCCGCACCGAAAGUGCCGGCCCGCUAAGUGUGUAGCACCCCUAAGUAGUACAAAUAAGCUUACAAAUAAUAUUGCAAAUGUAUUACUAUUUGUGAUCUGAAGAGUGAUAUAUUUUUUUUUAAUAAUAAAUCUCGAAUAUCAUUUCGAUCUCUUUAUUAGGUACUUAUUAUGAACUAUUUAGUGACUUAAGUACGGUUGUGAUUUUGUUACUUUACAUGUUUAGUUUAAAAGUAAAUAUAUUUUUUAUUUUUUA